AUGGCCCGACAGAGGCCCAGUUGGGUGAACAAGACCCUUUUGACGAGUCAGGUUUACGACGUUAUUGAAGGUUUUGUAUCGAGUCCCAAUUGCGAGGCCUCCGAAAUCGCAACGUCAUUAACGUCGCUGUUCCUACCCUUUACAAGAACCAGAAGCGAUAUCGAGAAUGUUGAUUGCUUGUGGGGAACGAUUUUCUGGACGGCGUCGACCUUUUUUCCUGGGGCGACCGAGCACUGGCGGCUUAUAGAGCUUGUUCGUGAAAUCCAGAGGAUUCCAGCACCGCCGGGAGAAGCAAUAAGCGCGGACGAGGAUGCGAAUGGUCAUGAGUGGUGGGUAGACCUUCCCGGAUGGACAAGAGUUUGGGCAGAUCUAGAAUGCGAUGCGCCCAUUACAACACCCAUACGGAACAGAAAGGGAGCAACACAGGAGCAGCCGAUGAAGUUUACGCCCGGGCCGUGGCGACGUGAAGAUGGGAAACCAAUGUCCGCGUUGGCGUGGACGAAUUUAAAUGCCUUUGCUGCUAAAUUGUACGCCCAAACACCCCUAGACUAUCUAGGUCUGAUAGGAUUACAGUCCUUUCUAGAGGCACUGGAGAAGGAUAUAUCUCCCAGAGACCUCGACAAUGUGGUUCCCGCAGCGGCAUGCUGGGUCUUAUCAGCCGGAAAAAGCCUUUGGGAUAAUAGUGAGGAGUUUGGCAUGGCGAUCAACGAGCGAGACCCAAUUGACAGCUUGACUAUGUCUGGCGGAGAGCUGUACACCGGCACAAGAGGGUUAUCUGACGAAAGAUGGACAUUUUGGAAGGAACGCUUUGCUAUCUUGAGCAAAAGGCUGGACCUGAGUCCCAACACUCGACUGUUCGCUUCUCAGGCGUUUGAUGAGAUGAAAUGCAUUGAAGUCAGAAAAUAG